AUGGGGGACACACCUGGGUACAGCUGGGUGUGAGUGCAGAGCAAGGACUGUCUGUACCUGAACCUCUACGUGCCCACCGAGGACGAGUCCCUUUGGGUUGCUGAGCCGUCCCUGGCCGUGCCCCCACAAUGUCCCCAAUGUCCCCUGCUGUCCCCAGGGUUCCUGAGCACGGGUGACCAGGCGGCCAAGGGCAAUUACGGGCUGCUGGACCAGAUCCAGGCGCUGCGGUGGCUGCACGAGAACGUCGGGCACUUCGGGGGGGACCCGCAGCGCAUCACCAUCUUCGGCUCGGGCGCCGGCGCCGCCUGCGUCAGCCUGCUCAUCCUGUCCCACCACUCCGAAGGUGACCCAGGGCGCCCCGGAACCCGCCCCGGGGGGAGGAAAGAACCACGGGAGCGGCGCCGGAAUCUGCACCGGGGGGAGGAAAUCCCAUGGGAACGCCCCAAGGUGGGCUGCGAGCGCGCCGACACCGGCGCCGCCGUCGAGUGCCUGCGCCGGCAGCCCUUCCGCGCCCUGGUGGACCAGGACGUGCAGCCCGCCCGCUACCACGUGGCCUUCGGGCCGGUGGUGGACGGCGACGUGGUGCCCGACGACCCCGAGAUCCUGAUGCAGCAGGGCGAGUUCCUCAACUACGACAUCCUCAUCGGCGUCAACCAGGGCGAGGGGCUGAAGUUCGUGGAGGACUCGCUGGAGAGCGAGGACGGCAUCUCGGCCUCCUACUUCGACUUCACCGUCUCCAACUUCGUGGACAACCUGUACGGCUACCCCGAGGGCAAGGACAUCCUGCGGGAGACCAUCAAGUUCAUGUACACGGACUGGGCCGACCGCGACAACGGCGAGAUGCGGCGCAAGACGCUGCUGGCGCUCUUCACCGACCACCAGUGGGUGGCGCCGGCGGUGGCCACGGCCAAGCUGCACGCCGAGUACCAGUCGCCCGUUUACUUCUACACCUUCUACCACCACUGCCAGACGGACGCGCGCCCCGAGUGGGCGGACGCGGCGCACGGCGACGAGAUCCCCUACGUGUUCGGCGUGCCCAUGGUGGGCGCCACCGACCUCUUCCCCUGCAACUUCUCCAAGAACGACGUCAUGCUCAGCGCCGUGGUGAUGACCUACUGGACCAACUUCGCCAAGACGGGCGACCCAGACCAGCCGAUGUUGCAGGAGGACCAGAAGGAGGUGGAGGAGCUGAAGAAACAGGGCAUGAGCCCCCUGCCCAAACCAGUCCAAACCAGUCCAAACCAGUCCAAACCAGUCUAUACUGGCCCGAACUGA